AUGCCGGAAGGUGAACAGGCUAUUGGCAACUAUGUCAUUGGUAAAACCAUAGGAAAGGGAAGCUUUGGUAAAGUGAAGGAGGCAACGCAUAUUCCCACAGGGCAUACAGUAGCAGUGAAGAUGAUUAAUCGGGAUAGGUUGGAACAUGCAAAAAUGGAUGAAAAGGUGGCCCGUGAGAUUAAGAUACUGCAGUUGUUUUCCCACCCUAAUAUCUGCCGUCUGUAUGAAGUCAUCUACACCACCACAGAAAUAUUCCUCAUCAUGGAGUAUGUCGAAUGUGGGGAGUUGUUUCAACACAUUGUGAAUCAGGGAAAACUUCGGGAAAACGAAGCCCGUUACAUAUUUCAGCAGAUUAUAUGUGCGGUGAACUACUGUCACAACUUCUUGGUUGCCCACCGAGAUCUUAAACCGGAGAAUAUAUUACUGGGUCCGGGUCUGCAGGUAAAACUAAUCGACUUUGGUCUCUCCAACAUAGCAAAGGAUGGAGAGUUCCUACAAACCUCAUGCGGGUCACCAAAUUAUGCUGCGCCGGAGGUAAUUGAUGGCCGAUACUACGUGGGAUCCAAUACAGAUAUAUGGUCAUGCGGCGUUAUACUCUAUGCCCUACUCUGCGGGUCCCUGCCCUUCGACGAGAGUGACACACCAUCGCUUUUCAGGAAGAUCAAAAGCGGUAGUUACAAAAUCCCCGCACACGUCAGCAGUGGUGCGCGGGAUCUCAUUGAAAAGAUAUUAGUUGUCGAUCCAGUUCACCGGCUAACAAUCCCACAGAUCUACAAUCACCAAUGGUUCGUCACAAAUCUUCCUGCUCGGCUUUGGCCUGCCGACCCCAGACGCGUGGACGAGCAGAAACGCAUAUCAACAACCGCUGCGGCGGCUACUGCGAAAUACCUUAACAGGAGUGACCGUGAAGUCCGCGCUGCCAUCAGGGAGGGCCGUGGUGAGGCAUUUGUGGCUUACAGCAUCAUAUUCGACGCAGAACAGCGGAAAAUACUCAGAAACGGGGCGGAUGAAAUUCUUAACAAAGAGACCACCGAGAUGGGGUGUACGACAUACGGGACGGAGCUGACGCAUGUGCCUAGGGCAACGGAGCGGGAACUGCACCUCGGUCUGUUGUUGACGCAAAGUCCUGUGAUGGAGUCACUGCUCGGUAACGGCGAUGUCUCAUCCAACAAACACGCCUACAAUGGGAGUAACUUCGUUCCCGCAUCCAUGCGGGAGACACAUCACGGAGCUGCCACGGCGGCGGCUACACCGCCUAACCCGGGUGGUGUGUUUUUUAUUGGGAAACGCGCCGACUCCUACGCCGAGACGAGCGGCACCUUGGACUCAUCUUACCGUGAGGAUUGUGGAAGCACUAACCCAAUUGACGAGGCUCGGCCGGGAUGCUCCAGAGACUCCAAGAGCAGGCUAAGUAGUGGAAACACUGAGCGCCAGCGUGUGGGGUCCGUAGCAAAGUCAGACGUGAUCUACACAAGGGAAGAGCGCGAGUUCAUAGUGAAGAAUAAUGUGGGCUGGCGAAUCGGUCUCAUGGCUGACCUCACUUCCUCUGGGGUGAUGCGCGUCGUAUACGAGGUGCUUAAGCGGUAUGCUAUGGAGUGGAAGAGCCCCACUUCGUUUGAACUGCUCGUCCGUCCAACAGCGGUGACGUUUGAACGGAUAUACAACCCCUUGAGGGAGACAAGCUCUUGGGACUCAGCAGAGGAUGAAGGACUGCAACACACACAACAGAAACGUGCGGACAGAGUGCUGCAGGUUGUUAUACUUAUUCAUCUCUUCCGCAUUCGUGAAAGCCAUGACGACGGGUAUAUAUUGGACUUUAGUGUUUUAAAAGGCUCAGUGAUUGCACUGGACAUCGUACGCUGCUUGUUUUGCACUCUUGUCCAGAAAUUGGCGUGA